AUUGCAUCAGCUCUUUGGACUGGUAGUGUAAACCUUUAAAGAGAGAAAUAUGGAAGAAGUUCUAGUAGAUGCAUCAGCGGUGAGUGAUAUCAAUGAUGGGAGCAGAAUAAGAAAAAGAGCUAAUAAAAAGCAAAUAAGGAAACGUGGAAGAUACCAUGAUCCAGAUCCGGAUUUAACAAAAUUUAAGCGACCGGGUUCACAUGAUAAUAAAACUUUCCAGUGCCAAAAAGUCAAGAUAUCUAACAUUAGGGCUAUAAGAAGUGCAAAUCGAGGACAAAAUAAUGAUGAAGAAGAUAUAAAUAAUGUGUGCGACUGUUUGGCGGAGGAAUCUGCGUUACAUAUUUAA